AUGCACACCCUUCUUCUUCGACCGACCCUUGCCGGGCGGCUUUUCCCUCGGGCCAAGUCUUACAAGACCGUCAUCGCAUGCAUAGAAGAGCCGCUGUCCGUCUCACGCGUUCACUUCUCGACAUCGCCCAAGGUGGGUGCGAAGAACCAGGUUUAUGCCUCCGUUCGUAACCCGGACCAGUUUCACACCUACCAACUCCUGUCGGCAUCAUCCCGGACGCCUCUCUUGACGAUGUGGACAGCCUCGUACUGCCCAACAUGCAAAGUCGUAGAACCCCUCAUCCGGGAGCUCGUCGAGUCCGGUGUCGGUGAGGCUGAGGGCGGGGUGGGCUACUGCGAAGUCGAGUACGACGCGCCAGAUGUCAUGAGCGCGGGUCUGGGGAUGACCUACAUGAUCAGUGCCCUCCCGACUCUUCUCAGUUUCGACGCCCAGGAGGCUCAAGUCGAGACCAAGGUUACGGAUGCCAGGAAGAUGGCCAACCGUCAGUUUCUGGAGGAGUGGAUGAGGACCGAGGCACGUAGACACGGCAGUCGGGGUGGUGGCGGGGGCAACUUCCUCAGCAAUUUCUUUGGCAAGUCGAAAUAG